AGCGGGAAAUUUAUCAAUUUGGAAAAUAAAAUAAAAAAUUUAUGCGUUUUCUUUCUUGAAAAAACAAUUAGGGUUUAAAAGAAUUAUCAGAGACUCCGUUGUGGUCAAAGAACGGCCAUGGAAGAGGUUAGGUCGAGCUCUGCUUGGGUUGCCGCUCACUCUUCUCACGUGAUGGUUGACUCCUUAGGGAUUGAGAAGCUUGUAGAGAGUAUCAAAGACACAGUUCCUAAGGUAGAGUGGGAUUAUGAAGGGAUUCACUACUUUGAUAACGGUCCGCUCACCAUUCAGUACCUGUUCGUUUUGGAUGCUCUGAAUUUCUGCUUUUGGCCUGAUAAGGAAUUAAGUUAUGAUCAUCUGGCAUUGGGGCUAAAGGAAGCUCUGCAGAAUGACAAAUCUGCAUUUGAUGCUGAUCGUUUGCAAAAAUUCACUGGUCUUCAAUUACGUGAAAUGUUGAAAUGGCCUAGGCCGCUUCCUUUGGAGGAUGAACGAGUUCGCUUACUGCACGAGGUUGGACUUGAACUAGAAAGUAACUUUGGAGGUAAAGCGUCCAACCUUGUAGAACUCUCUGGAAAAUCAGCAGUGAAACUUGUUGCUCUUGUCACUCGUUACUUCCCUGGCUUUCGAGACCACUCAGUGUAUAAAGGGCGCCAGGUAUUCUUGUACAAAAGAGCACAAAUUUUUGCCGCAGAUUUAUGGGGCGCUUUCAAAGGGAAAGGAUAUGGAGAAUUUAAAGAUAUUGGUGCAAUAACUAUGUUUGCGGACUAUGUUGUUCCUGCAGUGCUUCAGCAGCUUGGUGUCCUGAAAUAUAGUUCAAGCCUUGCCAACAUAAUUGAGACCAAUGGUGAAGUAGGUUCAGGCACUGAGGAGGAAGUUGAAUUACGAGCUUGCUCUGUAUAUGCUGUGGAGAAAAUAAGGGAACUAAUCAGGAAAAAAUCAGGAAAGCAGGUUCUAAGUGUGGAGCUAGACCUUUGGCUCUGGUCUGUAGGUGUACAAUGUUCUGCUCUACAACACCAUCGGACUCUUUCAAUUUACUAUUGACUGGAAAAUAUAAGAUGGUUGUCAUUUCGCUAUGCAUUGACCUUUCUGAGUUCAAAAGUUUAGCUUGAGAAUGAGAAAGCUUAUUAGGACUAGAUUUAUAUGAAUCAAAUUGACUUUAUUUAUAAAGUAGUUUUUUUCGGAUGUUAUACAAAAUUCUUCCUUCUAGAUUUAUAUGAAUCAAAUUGACUAUAGUUAUAAAGUAGUUAUUUUUAAGUUGUUUUACGAAAUUCUUCCUUCUAGAAUGGCUUUCCUUUUUCUGGGAAACUCCGAGAAUAUGUAGAACUCAAUGUCAGGAGAACUGUGGCAUAUAUUUAUGUGCUUUCUUGUUUUGUAUGCUAAUUUGACAGUGCCUGAUGAGGACAAAUUUGGCAUUCACAUCAGUUAUUUAGUCAUAGUUCUUUACAUACAUUA